UAUUUUUUUUUCUUUUCUUUUUCUUCUCUUUUUCUUUUUUGUUCUUUCAUAUCUUUUCUUUUACAUAUUCAUUGAUCAUGGAUCGAACAGUGACGCCACCACCAACACAAGGACGAAAUACACCACCAUUACAUGUAUCAGGAACAUCCCAUGUCAAUCUUUCUCAAGAAGCUCGUCAUUCAGCUGCUUUUAGUACUACUUCUUCUGUCCGUAUACAGCAACAACAACAGUUACGGGAUGAUCAGUUAUGGGACUCUAGUGAUGAUUUGCCUGAACCCGUUUUACCGUGGAUGCGAUCUGAAUCAAGGCAAUCUCUUGGCGGUGUGUCACAAUCAUCGGUUGAUGCGGCUAGUCUACACGUUGUGAAACGGUUUGUUCCCGAUACUAUUAAAAAGAAACAACGUUGGACUUUACAUAAAUGGUGGUUACUUUUAUCAAAUACAGUGUUAUUUUGUAUGGGUUUGGGUAUUCUAUUAGCUGCGUUAUUUACCUUCUUUAAAUUAUAUCAACGAGCAGAUGUUGUGAUUGUUGGUGAACGAGUGAUUUUGAAUCUGAUUUUGGCAACUGGAUGUAUUUGUCUUUUCUCAGCAUUAUUUGGAUAUGUUGGUAUCAUGUUAAAUAAUCGACCUCUUCUUGCGAUUUACAAUCUGUUAUUAUGGGUCUGUUUUGGAAUGAUUGCUGCUAUUGGAUAUACAGCUUAUCGACGCAAUAAAUGGAAUAUUGAUGGCAAGCUUUCUUAUCAAUGGCAUUAUGAUUUAACUUCGGAUGGAAGAUCUCGAAUUCAAGCAAAUCUUCAUUGUUGUGGUUACAAAAUGUUCUCAGAUUUCCAUGAAAAUUCCAAUAAAUGUUUCCCUCGAACUUUAUUACCUGGUUGUCGCUUCAAAUAUCAACAAUUUACCGUCAGUUUCUUAACAUAUACCUAUAUUGCCGCAUUUUCUUGUAUUCCUUUGAUUUUGUUUGUCUUAUUCUCAGGUCUUCUCUGUGCCAAUCAUAUCAAUCGUAAGUUUGGGAAGAAUUUGCCUCCAAAAUUAUAUCGUUUGGAUUAUCAAGGUAUUGUUGCUGGUACACCCACUGGAAGUUCUUUGAAUUUGGCUACUCAAGGUUUACAACAACGACGCAUUUGAUGAUGAUUUAUUCUUUUUUUUUUUUUUUUUUAUUUGCAUCCAUUUAUAUAUCAAUAGAUAUUAUCUCGUUUCAUUUUUUAUUAUUAUCACAACAAAUAUAAUAUAUAUAUCAAUCUUACAUUUGACAUUCUUCUCCCUUGAUCUAUCAAUAAAAACUUCGUCUUUAUUCAAUCCUAAUCUAACUUUUAUCUUUUUGAUCAUCUCGUUUGUGUUACUUUUU